UUUUUUUUUCUUCUUUUCUUUAUUCGCCCUCCCUCCUCUGUAAUUAACCGGCACAUCCAUCUCCGUGGAGAAGGCACCUCGGUAUUCAUCCCGCACCCUCUGUUUUUGCCCCUACACAUCUUCGCUCACACGUUCAAUACACCGCAUCCAUGGCAGAUCCUUCGGUAUCCUCGUGGGGGGCAUACAGCUCGCUGAACCAGGCUGGACGGAUAUCGCAGGAGGAGCGACCUUCGCGCAGCGACACCAACAACGAGUUUCGUCUGGGGAUGAUCACCCCGCACGAGGCUGAUACCGACAGCGAGGAGAACAAAGACGACGCCGACGACGCCGACGACGAGGAAGAUGAAGAAGAUGAAGAGGAUCUGGAGAGUAUGGGCGACUUUGCACCGCUGGCGAGUUCAAAUCGGUCCUACAAUAAACUCAAAUCAGCGUCUCCGUCCUCAUCCCUCCCACGCGUAUCGCAUCCAUGCAAGGUCCUGGCCACGGUCUUUGGCACGGCCAUGGUUGUCUCCUUGGCCUUUGCUCUCCUGUCACUCCUCCACCUGAACUCCAAUACCUCUCUCGAUUCGGAACCCGGUAACGGAACCUUGAUGGCUCCCGUAGGGAUCAGUAUCGACGACUUUACGCUGAAGGACUUCAAGCUCCCACCUUGGAACUGGGACAUCAACUCGUAUCUGCCGAUCAACAUCACCAACGGACCAAAGUUCACACAUAUCCAGUGGAAGAAUGGAGAGCAGUACCUGCAGGUCGAUUGUCCCGAUCAGGCCAACUAUCAAUACCAUUUUCAAUCUUUCCCCAAGGACGAGUUUCGGGAUCACCCUACUGCAAGCCAGGGGAUCGACGAUCUGUUGCCUCUGGGCGAGGAGCCUUAUGUGUUUGUGCUCUGCCCACCUGGACAAGACAAUACGAACCUGGUUUUCCGGGAGUUCGACAUGCCUGACGAGCCCUUGCCCGAGGCACCGCCGCAUAUUGACGGAACUCUGCAGGCCCCUCAGCCGUUGCUGGAUGACGUAGUGAUGAUCUUGGUGGAUGCGAUUUCGCGAGCAAAGUUCAGGAUCGAGAUGCAAACAGUUAUGGAGACCUUUGCGGCCAUUAACUCGACCGGCUCAGGAGCUGGAGCAGGGCACAGGAUCUUCGAUUUCGAGCACUAUAAUGUCCUCGGUCAGAAUUCGCCACCGAACAAGGCCUACAUCUACUCUGGCCAGUCGAUCGAGCACAGAAAUGACGGUGCACAGCACUGGCUCUGGGACGCUUAUGAGGAGCAGGGGUUCACAACAGCACAUACGGAUGGCGAGUGCGGAGGCGAAAGAGGCAUUACCGAUUAUACGACGGGCGCGAUCACUUUCGAGUACUCGCAUAAAUUUCAUCGACUCCCGGCGCAACAUCAAAUGUCGCAAUUGUCCUGGUGCGAAAACCAUGACAUGUAUGCCUCAGGCGCGUGGGGAAAAAGUUGUACGCUUCCUGCGGAAGUGAAUUACAAUGCCGCCCUGAUGGGCGGAAUGAGAUGGAAUACGCCUUAUUGUGCGGGCGAGAAGGCGAUUCAUAAGCAUAUCAUGGAGAAUUUGGAGGGUUGGUUGGUCAGCACUAAGGGACAGAGGCGGUUUGCGACAUAUUCGUUCAUGGAUGCCCAUUCACCUGACCACCACCACAUUUCUUUUGACAAGCAUCUCGCGGCUCUUAUUCAGAAUCUUCUUGUUGGUCAGAAUGGUCAACCGCCUCUUCUCUCCCCAAAGAGCGCUCUCGUCAUCAUGGCAGACCAUGGAUUGCACUAUGGCCGGGAGACCUACACAUUCCCUGGAUUCAUCCAUCACAAAAUCCCACCACUCUUCGUAGCCCUUCCAAAUCAACUCCUCGCAGAACGCCCAGACUUUGCUCAGGCACUGGAGCAGAACCAGAACCGGAUAUUGUCCCACCUGGAUCUUCACCAGACAUUUCAUCAUCUGGCUUACGGAGACAUGCCUGUCGGCAACUACGCCCAAUACAUGACCGACUUUAUCGCGGACGGCACCUUCCGACGACAGUUCCAUCCCAACGCACCCAAUGAGACCUCUUAUGCGCAGAUCUAUGGCCGCUCGCUCUUGCUCCCGAUCGAAGAGGAUCGAUCAUGUCGAACCGCCGGUAUCCCACACGACUUUUGCGCGUUCCAACCGUUCCUGAGCCUCGACCCCAGCAAGGCCGUCGACUCGACGUUCAUGAGAAGUGCGCUUCUGCUCCUGGCCAGGCGGAUGAACGAACUGACUCAGAUCUAUCAUGUGGACGAUGUCUGCCGUCCGUCAAGUCUGGUCCUGCAGCCAGCACAGGAUAUGUCGUCCGUGAGCGGGUCCUUUGAUGAUAUCGGUACGGGGGAUCUGGUGAUGGAGUCGGCCUAUGCGUCAGCGUCCGCCAAUCGAAUGCUUCCGCAGCAAAAACAGCAACAGGACGCGCAAUCAGAGACAAGAGUGUUUUAUUUUAUGGUGAGGGAUCGUCAUCGGCCGGACCGAAAGUACACAAUAACGAUGAAGGAGGACGACGUCUUGAUGGGUCAAGGAGAAAGUGUUACAAUCCAACAAUUGAGCGCCUAUGCCGCUGCCUGGCACCCCUGUGCAGUGAAGAUCGCUGAGGGAGGAAAGGCCAUCGGCAACUGGCAGGAGGCCGUCAAGCAGUUUUGUGUCUGUUCUUGAACGUACGAAAAAGAAUGGCAAGACAGAAUAUUAUGUAUAUCGCAGCCAGGAGCCGCCAUUAUAAUUUACUAAUGUACC